UGUGGUCCGAUUGGCGUUUGAACUUGUUUGGGGGCGGAUCUUUCGCUACAACUGCGUGAAUGGGAAGCCAGGAUUCGAAGCUCGCGCUCAAUGUCCAGCGUUUUACAGCAGAAUGUGGCUUUAGGAAGAAAGCGGUGUAACGCACAGAGUGGGACAGUUACCGUCGUACGGUUUUUAGACGUCGCUGCAAAUUGCGUGGCAUAUUGGCUUUAAGCAAUCCCAGACUUUCCCAAGCCCGAGCGAACCGCAGUCAACGCUCCAUUUUCUGUACCUGUGACCUGUCAUCGCUGUGGACUGUCAGCAUGUCCGAUGAAAGAUAUUCAUCGCUGGAUGAACCGUCUCUCCGGAACCUGCUGGACGGGACGGUGGACCUGGACGAGCGCAGGCUGAUCCGUUCAGCGAUCCGGGAGCUGCGGAGGCGGGAGAUCGAGGACAUGGAGGCGGCGCUGGCCAGCAAGCGCUUCCGCCCCGCCCGGCAACACACACACACACACGACGACAAGGAGAACCAGCUCAGUUCUGAUACUCUGGACCAGCUCUCUGGCAAACUACAGAACAUCCAGGAUGUUGAGGAGCUGACUGGACUGGUCAAGAGACGGGCCUCGGAGAAGGUCCGGGGGGCGGGCCGGCGAGCCGAACCCGAGAUGGCGGAGCUUCACAGCGCCCGGGGGACAGCGGACCCUGACAGAGACGCCCUGGGGGAGAGAGAGCAGAUCCGAUCGCAGAUUCGGGAGCUGAGGAGCCAGCAGUCUCUGAGCCGAGAGCUUCAGCGCGCAGACUCUAACUCCGGCAUGGUGCUGGUUCUGGACACGUUGGGAAAGGAGGAGACCUCCUCCGCCCCGCUGAUGGGGCGGCAGCGGCUGGAUUCUGGGACCUCGGACUCGGACCUGGUCCUGCCCCCGAGGCAGCGGCUGGACUCGGGAGCGUCGGAGAGGAGCGUGGGGUCGGUGCCCUCCCGGCCCCGCCUGGAUUCGGGGGCAUCGGAGCGCAGCCUGGGCUCCCUGCCCUCCCGGCCCCGCCUGGAUUCGGGGGCGUCGGAGCGGAGCGUGGGGUCGGCGCCGCGGGCCAGGCUCGAUUCGGGAGCGUCGGAGAGGAGCGGCGGCUCCCAGGCUCGGCCCAGGCAGAGGGCGGAUUCCGGGGCGUCUGACGCCGGCCCGUUACCACGGCAGCGGCUGGGCUCCGGCGCCUCGGACGCGGGCUCCUCGUCCUCCUCGUCGUCACGGAGACGGCUGGAUUCGGGCGUGUCCCUGCUGGGACAGGACCCGGGCGAGGUGGUGCUGAUGGGACAGGACCCGGGCGAGGCGGUGCUGAUGGGACAGGACCCGGGCGAGGCGGUGCUGAUGGGACAGGACCCGGGCGAGGCGGUGCUGAUCGGGCCGGACCCAUGCGAGGUGCUGAUGGGCAGCUCCUCCAGCACGGAUUCGGAGGCAGAGGGCGGGGAUCACGGGCCCGUCCCGCCCCCCGCCCCGCCCAGCGAGGGCGGCUCCGCCUCCGACCGGGACCAGCCCGACGGACCUGCCUUCUCCAGGACCGCCUCGGCCUCCCAGAACACCCUGCUGAACGGGGGCUCUGUGCCCAGGAACGGCGUGCAGGGACACCAGCUCCCUGUGGGCAGGGAUCCCACCCUCACUGCUCUGCACAACAGCCAGGGGAACGCGUCCAACAAGAAGGACCCCGGCUGGUCGUCCCCGUUCACACGGGCCAGCUCCGUGCGUGACCGCGUGCGCAGGUUCACGGAGAGCCCCGCCGGUCCCCUGACCCCCAAGAGGGGCUCCGUCCUGAGGAACGGGCUGUCGGCGAAAACCUGCGGCCAGACGCCCGUCUCCAGGGUGACCAGGCUGUUCGAGGAGCCGAGCGCGAGCAAGCCGGCGCGCAACGAGAGACGAGAGGGACUCGCCUCCGGCGGUCCCCUGGGGUCCCGCGUGGGGUCCGUGUCCUACCCCUCCUCCUCCUCCUCCUCCUCCUCUUCCUCAGAGAGCGUUGAGGGUCAGCAGCAGGGACCGGUCGACUCUGCUCCCGCCCACAUCGACGCCCCCGCACCGGCCGGCCAAUCGCAGGGCUCUGUGGGCGGGGCCCCCGGGCGGGCUGAAAAGCAGGAUCUCCCUUCCCCGGGCGCAGAGGAACGCCAGACCCCAGGCAGCACAGCACACGGCCAGCGAGAGGAAGAGGAGGACCCCGACAUGAAGACCUUCCUCACCAUCGAGAUCAAGGAUGGACGCAACGCCUGCAGCGGGAGUGGAAGCUCGCGGAUUACCGCCAACGCCGCCCCCCGGGCCAGCGCCAACGUGACCCCCCGGGCCAGCGCUAACGCCGUGGGACAGCGUGCAGAACUGACCCUAGGCCUGAGGGCAACACCGUUCAAGAUCUCCUCAUCCAGCCUUUCAUCCAGCUCUUCCUUCAAGAUGGAGACGGAGCCGGUGUUGGCGGCGGACCCCUGCGGGAGCAGCAGCAGUGGGGCCCCGGCCGUACCCAACGGCUCCGCGGAGGCGCGGGCCAGAGCGGAGGAGAGCGGGGCCAAGCUGACCGCCGAGCAGCUGGACGCCAUCGAGGACGAGGAGGUGCUGGACAAGAUGCUGGAUGAGUCCAAAGACUUUGAGGAGAGGAAAAUGAUCCGGGCGGCCAUGAGAGAACUGCGCAAGAGAAAGAGAGACCAGCGGGAGCGGGAGAGGGAGUUUCGCCUGCAGGAGCUGAGGCAGCAGAGGGAGGCGCGGGCGCAGAAGGGUCGGCCAGGAGGGGGCGCUGUGGAGGUGGUGACCAAGAAGGCUGAGAAGUCUGCAGACGGAUCCACCCUCAGUCAGCUGACCAAGACCGACCGCUUCGCCCAGUCAGAUGACGGCAGUCGCUCUACCCGCAGCACCAUCACAGAGGCCAGCUAUGUGCAGAAAUCUGACAAGGGGACGGUGCAGACUAAGUCCUACAGCUUCUCCUCCUCCUCCUCCAGCUCCAGUGGCAGGAAAGUGGGCAGUGUGUUUGACCGGGAGGAUGACUCUUCCCCGCGUAGCGGUGGGGGUGGGCUGGCAGCUCUGGAGCGCAGACAGGCGGAGAGGCGUAAGGAGCUGAUGAGGGCGCAGACGCUCCCCAAAACCUCCGCCACCCAGGCCCGACGGGCCAUGAUCGAGAAACUGGAGAAGGAGAGCCCGGUGAAUGCGGCGGUCUCUCGGGUCAGUAAGGUGCAACGCUCCACCAGUUUCGGCGUCCCCAACGCCAACUCCAUCAAGCAGAUGCUGCUGGACUGGUGCCGGGCCAAGACGCGGUCCUACGAGAACGUGGACAUCCAGAACUUCUCCUCCAGUUGGAGUGACGGGAUGGCGUUCUGCGCGCUGGUGCACAACUUCUUCCCUCAGUCCUUCGACUACGACUCCCUCAGCCCCAGCAACCGCAGACACAACUUUGAGGUGGCCUUCAGCACCGCAGAGGCCUGUGCUAACUGUAUGCCUCUGCUGGAGGUGGAGGACAUGAUGAUCAUGGGCAAGAAGCCCGACUCCAAGUGCGUGUUCACCUACGUGCAGUCGCUGGUCAACCACCUGCGGAGGUACGAGAUGACCCGGCAGGCCUUCGCUGACCUCUGACCUCCCCCGCCCCCCCACGACGGCUCUCCACCCUGCUUACCUGGGACUGUGGAUGAAAAAAGGACUCCUCCCCCUG